GACUUCAUGAAACACAACCCCUUAGUUGGUCCAUCUUCGAAGUUUGCUUUGGCAGGACAGUUGAUGUGAGUCAGAUUCGAGAACAUCCCUCGAACAUGGCUACUGUCUUCAGCCAGCAGGAAAGCCGUUUCUCAGAACGGGAAUCCUCUGGCCAAGAGCAAGCCAAUCUCGACGAGGAAGCUGUCCUAGAGCACACGGAUCGCGGGAACUAUCAGGAAAGUGACUAUAAGUUGCCACUUGAACGAUGCAACCUGAACACGGUCAGGAUCUGCAAUUUCCACCUACACAACGUCGUCGCCUCCAAGCAGCCGGGAAUCACCAAUGAGGCCCUGGCUGUCAUGUUCACUGAUGCUUUCCAUUUUCAGUGUGACAUCAUUGCUGGAGACGGCAAUAUGGCGGCGUACAGGCGACCUCUGAUCCACGGCAUGCACCACGACCACGUUUCGUCAGUCACCACCGAGGACUACAACAAACUUCCAGGAAUCAUGAUGGUGGUUCUCAUGAAUACCGAUUCCGAGUGUCCGAAUUUCUUCUGCAUACUUCCAAGUCUCAUUGGAUGUUGCCGGAUAAGGAAGCAGAAGCAGAAGGAGAGAAAGAUUGAGGGAAAGCAUGGCUCCACAACUGAAGAUCGGAAUCCAGCAGGCCCGCAGAGCCUAAGGCUAAUCCACCAGCACGUGAUUCCGCAACUGGUCAAAGAGAAAGCGGUCUCUCCGGAUCGGGAUCUCGCAGACCAGCUGAACCGACAGGACCUCCUCCUGCCCGUCGACGAGUCCAUGAACGACCAGCUGGAACUGGAAUCUCUCUGGAGUUUCAAGAUUCCCAAGAUGUUGCUGACCUUCUGGACUCAGACGAGAUUGAUCCCUAUCUCGAGGGCAAUGUUGACUUCCUCAGGGGAGCUUUGA